AUGCCCAGAUCGCCAUUCUUCCUGCUGGUGCUGCCCACCCUGGAAUGCGUGUUGCUGAUGCUUCUAAUCGCAAAGAUGCAGGGAGAAGAGAUCUUGCUGCCGCUGAAGAACGUCGCAACCCGGUCAUUCGGAAUCUCUGACGCCUGGGUCUCGGGGGUUGCAGCGCAGAUCCUCAACAACGUCACAAUUCCUGCUGUGGGGCUCUCGUCGAUGUGGAUUUUAGGUGAGCGCUUCACGAAGCGCGAGCUCGUAGGUACCUUUGUGGUCCUCUGCGGCAUCUUUAUCGGUAUGCUGCCGCAGAUGCACGAGUCUAGUCACCUGCUCGAGUCUAACCCAUUCUGGGCCGUUGUGCUCUACACGUGCAGUGUUAGUAUCUUGGGUGUGCAGAUGACCAUGCAAGAUUGCGCCUGCCGUGCUGGCAUUCCACCAGCAACUGUGAUUUUUUGGUACAGCCUGCUGACCGUGCCUGUCUAUCUCAUAUUUGCGCCGUGUGAGACUGUUGCAUACAUCAACGGAAGGACAACGGGCGAACCAUUGGCUGACUUUGGACGGAACCAGCUUCGGUCUCUUCGAUGUAUGGCCGGCGCUCCUCUGCCAGGCGACGUGCCCGAGUUCUGUUCACAAGACGCUUGGCUUUGGCUACAGGUUUGGGCUGUCGGCUACUGUGUCAUGUUCUUCUUGAAUGCUGUCCAGAUGUGCUACUUUAAUGCCUUUUGGGUGGCGAUCGUAAACACAGCUGGCGCCCCACUUUCUGCUGUCGUCUUCACCAUGAGCAGCAUUGUCGGCGAAGCAAAUGUGCAAGAAGUUGCAUGGCCCUGUACCACGGCCUCGUUUGCCUUGAUUCUGCUCGGGAUUGUUGUGAAAGGAGUCCCUGACAGCCAGAGCGAGCAGCAUCAGGCGUUAGAACAUGAGCUGACUCCUGGUGACCUAGUUGAGCUGGACCAUUCUGAGGGUCGUAUGAAUUUCCUUCAGCUCGAGACCUCGGUUGUCCACGAGCUUGACACUCCAGGCCUUCUACACACCCAGUCUACUAGGGCUACUCAAGAGGAAGAACCUGACUCCUUUGGCUCCAGGCUGGCUGCUUUGUCCUCAAAGUUUGGCUGGCUGAGCAAGAUCCUGGUGCUUUUGACGUACGCUGCUUGCAGCGGAAUUUCCUUGUGGCUUCUGUGUUGCGGGUUUCCUUCAAAGAGGCCACGCGAUGCUGAGAUGAUGGGUAGCACACGGCUGUUGGUGUUCUUGGGCACGGUUCAGCUCUUUGCAUAUUUCACCACCGACCAAUAUGUCCCAAGUUUGCCCCAGAUGGGGCUGGAGCUUCAUGGGACCCAGACGCAAAUGAGUGGCUCCAUACAACUGAACUUGUUUGUGAAGGCCUUGGUCGGUAUGAUUGUGGCCCCAAUGUCAGAUCACAUAGGGCGGAAGCCGAUCCUCAUGAUGUGUUUGGUCUUGCUGAUCUUGGGAUCCUUCGCCUGUGCUCUCGCUCCGGAUGUGAACUGGUUCCUCGCUGCGCGUAUCAUCCAGUCCCUUGGGGAGUCGAUGGAGGGAAUGCGCUUGGCCAUCAUAAGAGACUGUUUUCAGGACGAGAAGGACCGCGUCUUUGCCAUUGGCAUGGUCACGGUACUGAUGAUGAUUGGCCCGAGCGUCGGGCCGCUACUUGGAGGUUUUAUCGCAGCAUACAGCCACUGGAGGGUUCCCUUCUUUGCACUGGGCUUUCUUUGGUCACUGUUCACGUUAUACGCAGGCUUCUUCAUCAGGGAGAGCGGCCCAGAUGUGAAAUCCAAGGGCACCUGGCAGACCAUCCUGCACAUAUGUGGUGACCGUAUGCUUAUGACGCUGCUUCUUGCAGAUGUUUGCCUCAUGGGCACAUACCUUUCCUACGAGAGUAAUUUUAGCUAUCUUGCAGAAGCCAAGUACGGCAAGAGCACGGCGCAGACAUCCCUGCUGCUGUCAGCUACACCGAUUGCCGUCACGAUUGGGACGACUCUUUUGGACAUGCUGAACUUUGAGUCCGUCUUAGAAACUGUGAAGUUUUCCGUGACCUUCUUUACAUUAUCGGUGACUGCCGCCUUUGCAGUUUCGGGGCUGUACUUCUCGGAGGACUUCUGGGCCUACUGGGCUAGCGCCGUGGUCAUGGCAGGAAGUGCUGCGUGCGUAAUUUCCGUUACCACACUCUACAUGGAGCCAGUGGAAGACAUGGCAGGAACAGCAGGGGCCUUGGAAAUACUCUUCAGCAACGGCCUGGGAACCGUAAUUUCAACCGCCUCGACGCAAUUCUUCGUAAGGGGCGGCCAGCGUGGGCUGUCCAUGUUUCAUGCUGGAUGCUCUUUGCUGGCAGGAACGGUUUUCUGGCUUGGUUAUGCCACUUGGCCACCUCGCAAAGACGCAGAUGGCCAAACGGCGGGUGUGCCUCGUGCUCUCCAGAACAAUCCUACGCGGAAGGCAUGCGCAACACGUGCGGCAAGCGCGGCCAGUGCGGCGUGCGUGAAAAACGCCGAGCAGACUGAGAAUGUGCGCGGCGAACGCAACAAGCGCAACAGAGCGCGGCAGACGAGCGCGGCAAGCAGCAAGCGCAGCAAAUGCGGCGAGCACAGCCAACACGACAGCACAACUAGCGCGACGAACACGGCCUCCAUGGCAACCACAAAGCCAAACAGGACGCGACGACCAGCAAGCACGACGAACGCGGUCGCGUGCAGCGCGCAGCGCAGCGCAGCAACCACAGUGAACAUAACGACCGCAGCGAGCGCGGCCAACGCGACGAGCGCCACGUCUUCCUCGGAUGGCACCUCCGCCUCUCCCAUCUCCUCCAUUCGAAGAGAUGCCAAGUUAAGACUUCCACAAGAGGAGGAGACUGCAGACUUUCAAGACAACAAAGGGAUUGCAGAGGACAAGGAGCUGCCGGAAGCAAGUACGCUUCCCGACCCUGUAGAAACGCCUGAAGACUCCAAGGACCAAGUGGCUGUGCAGGAGACCGUUGAUCGAACUUCAGACGCGGAACCUCCGAAGGAAGUAGCAGAAGCGAAGGUGGCGCCCGGUGAAGAAAAGAAGGUGGUGAAGCAACCUCCGGAGCCCCUGACCACGCUGGACGAGCAAGACUUCAACGACAGAGGUGUGAGCUCGUUGGAGGAGUCGAAGAAGUUCAACUACGUUAUAGGCAAGUCUACCAGGUGGCAAAGCUUCAUGGCAGCUCGAAUGGCCACAGCUUCAGGCCGGACGCUUGCUGACAAAUCCGGCAAGAUCACCUUUACCUUCACCCGUGAUGGUGAUGAAGUGCACCUCUCUGGUCUUGCCGUGGCCCGAGAGGAAGCAAAAGAAGGGAAAGUAGUGAAGCCUAAAGCGAAAGCAAAAGUCAAGGCAAAACCCAAGAAGAAAGAAGGCAAGUAUGAUGAGUUCGGCCGAAGGAUCGACAAGCCCAGGAAGAAGGAAGUGUCCUCUUCUGAUGAGGAUCUUGAUGAUCUCUGCCCAUCCUCCAAGAAGAACGCAGAUUUCGAGCGUGAGCUGAAGAGGAUGAAGAAGAAAGUUCGGGAAGGCAUGACUCAGCAGCAAAGAGAAGAGAUGGAGAAUCCAUGGCUUCACACUCAAAUCUCCGACCAGGAGCGAGAGUUGAAGAAGCAGAUGUUCAGAAGCUUCUACCAAGAGCAGUACGCAAGGCUUAAGAACAAGGCGCAGCCGGACUACAAGCAGUACGAGAAGAGCGACCCAGCAACUGGACAGUCCACCAUGUCAGGGAACUUGACAGCUGAAGGAGGACACCGUCCUUUGCCGAGGCCGAAGGGAGUCAAGCUUCCGGCAGACUUUCGGAAACCUCUUGGCCGUGUUUCUCAGAAGGAGCUUGUGGAGAAAUACUCGUGCAAAGGCCAAAGAAUGCUCAUUUCCGUGUACGGCGAUCUGUUUGACGUCUCGGAUCGUCCUGACAAGUAUGGAGCAGACGGUCCGUACUGGUACAUGACCGGGAAGGACAUCACCUGGGCGCUGAUGAGUGGAGAGGACACAGAGGAAACCAUGGAUAAGUUCUACGAUGUCUUUAAGAUUCAGCCGACAGAAGCCGCAGACAGGCGGCUGCAGGGCCUGAUGAGCUGGUGGGCCUUCUACGAGAAGGAGUACGGCAAGCCAGUCGGCCGGAACACGGCCUAUGACAAAGAGUGGGGCUUGCCUGCCCCUCCUCACAUGGCUGAUGGCUGCUCUGUUAUGUAA